AUGUUCGAGAAAAAGUUCAACAUUGAAGUACAAACUUUACAGCCUUUAUGUGAGUUUCUUGCACAACUGAAAGAAGAAGGUAGUCGGCCACAACUUAUAGACUUUCAUUAUGAAUUUAAUGAAAAUGAAGAUGGAACUCAUGACUGUCAGUUUGUUAUAUAUUCACCAUUCAAUGAAGUAGCUAAAAAGAAAGAAAAUCCAUUACGUAUAAGAUUUCAAAUCUCUGAACCAAGUGAUGAUUUCAAGAAUGUUUUCAAUUAUGAUGCAAUGCUUCCGAGGAAAAAUGAAUUUUCAAAGAUUGUAACACCUGGCAUUUGGGAUAGAAAGCAAGUUAUAUUAUAUUCAAACUUAAGUAAGGGAGUUGAAAAUGAGUUCGUUGGUCAUACAAUAACUUCACCACUUCCUAACCCUAAAUACUAUAAAUUAACUGGCUUCAAUCGUGAGUUUUGGAUAGACAUGUUCUCCACUCAUGACCAUAACUGCCCAGUGUUCUUACCUCCAGACCAUAAGGACUGUCUCUACAUUGAAGCACAACUCUUAAACUCUACCAUCGCAGUAUUGUAA